AAACCAAAUGGAAGAAUUUAACGUGCGCAGAAACCCAAUUAUACUACCCAACGAAACAACAAUGGAAGAACCCAAAAGUUUCUUAAAGCCUAUUAUCUUCAUCAAUAUUGACAUAUCGCCUACACAAAUUCAGACUGAUUUUACAUACCUAGAUAAAGAUAGACAAGUUAGACAGAAGCAAAAUUUUGAAUGCAAUCAGAAAUAUAUCAAAGACCAGUACUACACAUAUCAAAUAGACUGAAGUUAGGUUUGGAAAAGAUUUUCGGUGACUAUCUUCAACUGUACUCAAGUUACAAAAGAAAUGUGAAAAAAAGAUCGCCAGUGAGCCCAGCAUCCGAACUACUUGGUCAGGCUUUCCGAGACAUGCGGAAGAGAAGAACUUCAAAUAAUGAUGAAGGGAUAAAAACAAGCAAAACCCCGCUAAAGGAAAUCAAAAAAUUAUUUGUUUCCUCAAACCCAAACCUAUUUGAACAGCUUACGGCAAACUUUGACAUGGACGAUCUUUUUGUGCCGAAGGACGAAUUUUCUGCUUCGGAUAGCAAGUUAUUUACUACAUGCCAUCCAGGUUACAUGUAUUUUUUUAUGAUCACAUAUAUGCACUGUCUCAACAAGCAGAUAGAGGAAAAGUUAAAAAGUGAUGUAGGAUCGAAUUGGCGAGCCAACAAUAUUUGGUAUGGCGUAUCUAUUGAUAAAAAGUUAUUGGAUACUGUAUUCGGAUCAAUAAAAAAUCUGGAAAAAUCUUUCUUUGCAAGUGGAAUACUCAGGAAGGACGACGAACUUCGAAAAGCAAAAUUAUGUACCCGUGGUGAAGAAAUUCUACCAGCUAUCCAACACAAGUAUCAACAUUUGGAUUUUAGGUUGAAAUCAUACUAUGUUGUUGCACAGAUAUCUUCAAAGCAUAUUCAACUCAGUUUGCAUCAAGUGGUCAAACUGGCAUCACCUGGAGAUGAUCCAGCGUCCAUCAUUAUUCAGGAUGAAAUGAUACAAAUCGAUGAUGUAUAUGAUACACUGUGUAAGAAUAUUAUGAAGAGCCUACAAGUCAAAUGUCAAGUUGACUAUUGCACCACCUACAAGAGUCAGGAAGAUAUACAAUAUGAUUUCCAGUCAUUAGAGAUAUAUAACAAUAUUUAUCGAAAUUUAAAACCAUGCGUUGUUGAACUUUUCGAAAAAAACAAAUCAAAUUUGGACAUGGAUUCCAAAAUACAGCUGGAUAUCAACACGAAAUGCGAUUGCAGUAUCAGUAUUUCUCUUCGUGACAUUAUUGAAGUAGGCCUUAUGUCAGUAAUAGAAAGUAUAACAACUAAAAUAAUGGGUUCUUUGACCAACAAGAGACUAUUUGGAGGCUAUAUACCGAAUUACAUUUUUUUGUUUGGAGAUCCGUUCAAUCUGGGACAGGGUUCAAAGAUCCACAUCGCAUACACCAUGAUAAUGCAAAAAGCGAUUGAUGACGGCGUAUAUAUUAAAGAAAAAGAUACAUAGACAUUUGUACUAAGAGAAUCUAUUUUCCAAUUACUGGAGACGUUUUUGUCUGGAAAAAAGCCUUACAUGUUUGAAAGGUUUGUCACUGGAACUUUGUGCCAAGUAUCAAGCUAUACAUACGGGAUGCGGAUUAAAAAUUUAAACCAUUCGACCCCUUUCACCCGAAUAAACAGUGAUGGUGUUAUCAAAAAUACUAUUGCAGAUAAUGGUAGUUAUUUAGUAUUUAUUCAGAAAGGGAAGCCAGUUUCAACAAAAGGGCUUAUAAUUCAAAUCAAUGAACUAGGCCGUAAGUUAGUUGCCAUGAUUGUUCUUCUUCGUUUGUUCUAAUGAAACCC